CCAAGCUGUCCUGACACGUUGCAGCAGCACCAACAGACCGCUGACUAGAGCUGGACCAGGAGGAGUCCUCUGGAUCUUUAUUUGUCCUGCUUCACCUGUAUGACUUAAUUAAACAGCUGCAAUGAAUCAGAGCAAAGAGGAAGUUGAGCCUUUUCAAUAUUCCUAUUAUGACUAUUCAGACUGGUACUCGAACAAUGCAGAGCCUACAAAACCACCCAAAGAAGUUAUUUUACCAUGUGACCCUACAGCAGAUGACAAGCUCUUCCAUAUAUGCAUAUUAUCGAUAUCACUGGUGAUCAUGUUCAUCCUGGCAGGUCUCACCAGGAAAAAUAAAUUCUGCCAGGGUUUCACAAGAGGAUCCUCAAGCAUCUUCAGUCCAGCCAACUUCCUGGAUCAGACUCAAAAAAAGGGAGUGGUUAUGGCUGUUUUUGGACUGGUGUUCAGCAAGCUGGCAAUGCUGGUGAUUGCCCCAGACCCUCUGCCUUUCUCCAAAGAUACUCCAGCAGAUAUUAAAGAGUACAUGAAGAUAAUCGCCAUAUUUUAUUACCCAAUCCUGUAUUAUCCUCUGUUGGUAUGUGGAACUCUGCAGCGCAAAGCAGGUUAUGUGUUUGGGACACUGCUCUCCUUCACUCAUUUUGGAGUCCUGGUGUGGCAGAAAUUUGACUGUCCAAAGACUCCAGAGAUCUAUAAAUACUAUGCUCUACUCGCAAGUCUGCCUCAGCUGGCCUGCCUUGGAUAUCUCUGCAUUCAGUUCCCUUUGCUGUUUGUGAAAGGACCAAAGACCGACGAGGACCUUGACAGCAGCUACUACACCAACUAUGUGAAGUUACUUCUUAAGAAAAAGUCCUCAACUGUCAGUUCAUCAGCAUCUGACAAACCAGCGCUGGCAGAGCGAAUUCUGGAGGUGAUUAAGGGUUACAUUUAUAUUCCUGAAAAAGUGUUUCAUUUUCCACUGAAGCUGGCGGUAUCAUCUUUUGUUACCUGUGUGGCUAUAUAUCAUACUGCACUCUUGAUAGUUGUCCUGGUGGUGCCCACUCUCCACAUUGUUCGUGCUGGUAUUGAUGAAAAUAUCGCCUUCUUGUUACUGGGUUUUGGGAUUGUAUUAUCAGAUGACAGGAUGGAGGUUGUUAGAAUUGUGACUUUUUACACAUGGCUGCUGGAAGUAUGCUACCUCUGUGCGAUGACCCUGUCUUGCUUGGUCAGCCUUAUUAUGCUCAUGAGGUCCAUGGUUCGCCACAGAUCAAACCUAAGAGGACUGUAUAAGGGAGACAUUUACAAGAUUUGCAACAGCCAAAAAACCAUGCGUCCGUCUAGACCUGGUGUUGUCUGUUGGAUGGGCUUGACAGGAUACCAGGCUGCAAUCGUCAGCCUUGGAAUGGCUAUCCAGACCAUUGUGUUUUUCAUCUGCUUCUUGUUCCUGGUGUUUUUGAUCAUUAUCCCAGUGUUUUAUGGCCGUAACAUCAUUGUCUUUGAAAUUGCAGGAAAGGCAUGGCCAGCCUGGCUCACGCUGAUACUGGUUACAGGGCUUCAGCAUGUGACUGCUAAGUUCGCUUUCAUCAAACAAAAAGCCAGCACAAGAGACCUGAACAACAGAGAGAGUCUGUUCCUCCUGACGUACCUGCUGUUCCUAAUCAACACUGUGGUGGGGCUGGUUGUUGCCAUAUGGAGAAUAGUAAUAACAGCUUUGUACAACAUCAUCCAUCUUGGUCGUAUUGACGUCAGUCUGCUGCAUCGCACAGCAGAGUCCUAUGACCCAGCCUACUGCUACUACACCCACUUCCUGAAGGUGGAGGUCAGUCAGUCACACCCGGUGAUGAAGGCUUUCUGUGGGCUGCUGCUGGACAUGAUGGUUGAGGGUGGGAGAGCUGGACAGAAAAUACGAGAUGCAGAGGAAGGGAUUCAGGAGAAUAAGCCAAGCAAGGCGAACAGCAGUCAAAGGAUUCGCUCUCGCUGGCAGCUGAUGUACACACUGGUUAACAACCCCUCCCUGCUGGGCUCCAGGAAGCAUUUUCAGACUCUGCAGAACUCGGAGAACGUCCUGAAUGGCACCCCCAACCGAACCUCCAAAAAGGGCAGCAAGACGGAGGCCAGCAAGCUGGGCGCAGAGCCAGCAGAGCCCACUGAGACCCCCGAAAGCCAAGAAAAAACAGAAUGAGUUUGAGUUGGCAAUAUAAUUCAAAAUUGUACUGGGUGUGAUCUGCAUUAAACAAACCUGCAUGUGCCAAAUAUAACUACUUCAAUCAACCGCUUUGCUUCAGAGUUCUUUUAGCAUUUAACUUAUCUAAAUAGUUGUCUAAAUGAUUCUGUGUUUAUUUCUCUUAGGUUAGCUUUAGGCAACAAAAACAUUAUGUUAAGAUCACAUCCAUAAAGUACAAAAGUACAGAAUAUAUGUACUUAAACAGAAGUACAGAUACUAGUGUUAAAAAAUACUCCACUAAAAGUUGAAGUACGGAUUCAACUUCUAUACUCAAGUAAAAAAGUACCAGCUCUGAAAUGAACUCAAAGUAAUAAAAGUAGCUCUUUGGAGGGUGUUUCUACCACCUAUUUUUGUGCAAAGUUAACUGAACCCUGUGCUGUAUUAAUGUAACGAUAAAAUAAUAUCAGUAGAGGGAACAAAAAACUUAUUUCAGUCUCGUUUUUAAUUCUAAUAAAUGUAUUCAGCUUGAAUCAAUUAUGUACAACAUAAGAAGAGAAAAAGAAGGAAAUUAAAAAAAUAGCUGUGUUUUCUGUUGCUUACAUUGAAGAGGCUGAUUUUGCCUCUAAAAGUGAGUAUAGUCAGGGGUUAAAGUGGGAUUCAGCAGGUGGAGGAAACCUAAAAUCAGUUCUAAUGGCUCAGAGUGGGGAAAAGAAAAGAAUCACAACUCACAUUAAUUUCUAAUGUGAGCUCCAGUAGAUUUUCUUAGUGUACAAGCUGUGAUCAGCUGACCUGCUGCUCUUUGUGGAUUUAUACACCUGAUAUUAACCAGAUGUGAGCAGAUGUUUCAUAAGCUGUCCUGACUGAUUUCUAUUCUGACAGUAUUCUGUUUAACUUUUUACUAGACAGUCACCGUGCACAAGUCACACACUGUUCUUUACUUGAAACGCAUCACAGUACAGACUAACUAACUUUUCACCCUGCACUAAUCUGUAGAGUAUUUUCAUAAAUAACACAGUUAGGAUUAGUCUACUUCAGUUUUUGUUUCACAAUAUGAAAAAGCAUGUCACAUGUACAGACCCAGUAUCUGAUUUAGAAUAGAAUAGCCCUUUAUAGUCAUGUUCAUGUACAACAAAAUUAUGGAAAUUAUUAUUUAAAAACAUGAAGACAUCAUGUAAGCUUUAAACUAGUUUAUCAAAUCCUAAUGAGGAAAUAGCUCUAGUCCUUACCCUUAUAUCUAACCUCUCUUCUUCCUCUUCCGUCCUGUCUUUCUUAUCUUUCUCCAUCUCUGAAUGAAGUUAGCUCUCUGACUUUUCUCUCCCUGUGAAAUAAGCAGCUGGAUGUUUAGCUAGCUAACACACUGUGAGACAAACUGCGCACAAACAGUGUUUUUGAUGAUGCUUGUUGUGCUGAUAGAAAUGUUGUAUGUGAAAUUACCUGCCACUAAAAACAUGUCACUCCAUUUUUGUUUUGUCCUCUUCUGUUAGGCUAGUGAGAUGCUGAAGUACUUGUGUUGUGUCGGUGUUGUGCCUGAAAAAAAGAAAGCAUUUUUAUGCGACAUCCCCUGGUGACUAAUACAUGAACAGGACUGCCUGUCAUGAGUUACUGUUCAGGCUUAAAUCGGUUUGAUGUUUGAAGGCCCGCAGUGACGUAAAAUAACAACUCCCUGUCAAAUGCUUUAAAACAAAAGUAACAAGUCUGUUGUGAAAAUGUAAGAAGUAGAACGUACAGAUAUUUAUUUUAAAAUGUAGGGUGUAAAAGUAAAAUGUUGUCAGAAAAAAAACUACUCAAGUAAAGUACAAAUACCUGAAAAUUCUACUCAAGUUCAGUAGGUUUCUGUACUUCGUUACUGUAUGUGUAACAAAGUACAUCACAGGCAUUGUAUGUGAUGUUUGUGUUUACUGAGAUAGCUCACAGAGCUCCCUCACACAACAGUUAGAGCGUCAGUUUUCUCUUUGCCACAAAUUGACUCCACCAGUUAAAACUACUGAUAGUGCUGCAUGGAUACACUGAAACAAGCCUGACCCAAAGGAACCACUGUGCAUUUCUCAGUGCCAGAGAAUAAAGGAUGGGCUGAGAAGUUCCCUGUCGGUGCCCCAAAGGGUCAGAGACCCUAGGUAGUCUACAACUUAAUAUGUGGUUAUAACCUUGAGGUUGAUUGGAGUGUCUAUCACUGAAGUAUCCCUGCAGAGUGUAUAUCAACCAACCAAAAGGAACUUUGAAGAAAUGUGGCUGUGAAAAUAAGAGCCAAUGAGAUUCCUAAAGAAAUAUUAAUAACAAUGCAGGUCUCAGCUCAUGUAUGAAAAAUAUAAUUCAAUUUUGUUAAGCUAUACUUUACAGUAUUGUUCAGUUAGUCUGGAAGCCUUUUUAAUUAGUUAAUACUGACUUGCAUGACGCACAGACUGAUGGCGGUGUUCAAUGUCAGCAUCAGAUAUGCAGCAUGGAGUCAAUAAGCAGUCCUAGUUUAUUUUUGUCUGGGGGUAAUGUAGCUAUGCCAGCGCAUACUGAUUGUAUAUUCGUGUUCUCAGUGGUGUAGGAGGAUUUUUAAGACCAUGGACGGGCGAAUUUAUAUAUAAACCAACUUCACAGUAAAAUCUCACAAGCUGAAGAUGCAAAUAUUUUACAUUUACUCUAGUAUAAACAUUGUUUUCUGCUGCAGAAUACAGUGUACGAUAUAGUUAGAAGACUGUAUGUGUGUAUGUUUUUAAUUACAUUUCAGCUUUGUCACAAUCAUUGGUGCAUCACAUGGUAUUGCAUGUUAUCUCAUAUUUAGAUACCUAAUUACAGUUUUCUAUUAGUUUACUAUAUUUGCUGUUUUACAUACAAGUCCUGAAGAUAAAUAAAAAGGCAAAAAGAUAAUGUGCUAGUUAAUUUGCAUAUUUUUUUCUUAAGUCAUUCUUUUAAAACUAUGUCAAUAUUUUUUAAAGAAAAUUCACAGUUUUUAUAUGAAUUUAUUUUGUUGAUGACUGUAAAUUACUAUCCAAUAAUGCAUGCAUCUCCCCUGCUCCCAUUCCUGGUGAAUGCAGCUGAAUUCUGUAAAUUUUAAUGCCUUUAAAAAAAUUUAUAUUAAAUACUAAGAAUAUUAAGCAAAUAAAUUAAAUACUAUA